CACUAGCCGAGCUCCCAAACAUUUGAAGGAAAAGAAAGAAGAACGCGUAAGACGGGAAGAGGUCAAGAGGCCUCCGCGGAACAGAAGUCCGGAAGAAGAACCGCCGCUCGACCGAACCGGCGAACCGCCAUCCUUCCACGGCGCUGCCGCGCCAGAGCGCCCCGCCUCCAGGACCUCUCGUCCGUUGACCAUCCACCGUCGUCCGCGCUACUCCGCGUCCCCGCUGUCUCCGCAGUCCGCCGGGGAAUUGUAUUUGUCAAGAGAUUCCUGAAUUCUGUGUUUCAUAUCAAAUGUAGUUUAUUUUAUGAGUUUCAUAGCUUACUGAACUGCUUGAUGAGAUGAGUUACGUUACUAGCAAACCCUUCUUGUCAACCUACCCUCCCAUUUCAUCAUCUGGAAGUGGUUCUCCAGCAACGAAGUCAAGAUUUCCAGUUUCACUGAGGUUGAAUAAGUCUUCAACAAUUUACCUAACUGCAAGGCUUCCUAAGUUGUCUCUUAAUGUCGUGGCUGGUACUUCUACUUCCACACAAUCUGGACCUGUCUGCUUGUUUGGGGGCAGGACAAAGUCAGGCAAUGUAGAUGAGGGUAUUCCAAAGGAAGUGGUUGGGAAUUUCAUGGGAAGUUUGAAGGAGCAGUCGAUUGAGGAUGUUCUAAGGCAGCAGAUUAAGAAAAAAGAGUUUUAUGAUGAUGGGGGUAGUGGUAAAGGCGGUUUUGGUGGCAGAGGAGGUGGUGGGGGUAAAGAUGGUAAAGAUGGUUCUGGUGGAUCAGAAGGUGAAAACAUUUCAGAUAUGUUUGAUGAAGUAAUGCAAGCUGUCUUGGCUACUUUGGGCUUCAUAUUUUUGUACAUAUAUAUCCUUGAAGGUGAAGAUAUCAACCGCUACACGAAAGAUAUUAUUAAGGUCAUGUUUGGAGGGAAGAAGAGUCUUCGGUUACAGCGGCUCGCAGAGAAGUGGAAACGGACCUUGAAGAAGAUGUCAGAGACGAAGAAAAUGAACCCGUACUGGUUAGAACAUGCAAUCAUGAAAACCCAAACUUGGUAUGACAGCCCUGCGAUAUAUAAGAAACUCUAUAAUGACAUAACGGGAGCGUCUUCAAGAAAGGUUACUAAAGCCAAGAAAGUUAGGGAUGAGUUUGAUGGAGAGUAUUUUGACGAUGACGAAGAUGAAGAUGCCAAUGAUGAUUAUUAUUAUUGAUGAUUCAUUGAUUGGUUAUGUUAAUGUGGGUUGGAUAACACUAUGGAUCGUGGUUUUUGAAUAAAAUUACUGUCUUAUCAACCACCCAUUUUUUAAGCAUUCUUUCCCUUCAUGCCAUGACCUACUCGUUGCCGUAUCAUCCGUAUGGGUUGAAUUGUACUUUUAUUAGGGAUGACUACUUAACCGACCCGACGGAUACUCGCAUUGAACUGAACCGGUCAGAAUGGGGAAAAUCGUGUUGAUUGGGUAACGGACUAACGGGUAUGAGGAGAAUACCCGAUUUAUGUAAACGGGUAAUGGGGCGGCUACGGCUCUAUACUUACCCCCUGUUACCCGUCCCAUAACCAUCCCGUUUAGUUCAGGUACGGUUAUCCGCACCAUUGCCAGAUCCGUAAUAUCAUCUUAUAUAUUUUGAUAGGUCAUAUAUUUAACAUAUUAUGCGAAUACUUCAUUUAUUAGGUAUAUAUCAUAUAAUUUGUAAAAUACAUGAAGUUUCAUUUGUGCGAGAAGAUAUUAGUUUGUGUACAACAUCCAAGCCUUAAUCUUGAAAGAAUUUGGGGUCGGCUAUGAGAUACUUUCUCCGUCCCACUAAGAUUGUCCUAUUUUACCUUUCAG